AUGCACAAGGGUUUGUGUUGCGCACAACUGCCUAUAGUCUUAUGCCUAGCUGAUCAGAUUAGCAUUCACAAUCUAAGCGUAGCAAACCAUUCUAUACCUGACCCAGACCUAACGCCAUUUGGCGAAGAACAAUGUCGGCAACUUGCUCAGUCCUUUCCUGAUCAUGACAGCAUUGAUCUCAUAGUCUGCUCGCCACUCCGCCGAACAAUAUAUACGGCCCUUCUCGGCUUCAAACAAGAUAUAGAUCGUUGUGGGAAGGUCAUUGCGCUACCGGAAGCUCAGGAGACUGCUAAUGUACCAUGUGAUACGGGCAGCGAUCUUUCAGCAUUAAGAAAAGAGAUGGCUGAUAAGCCGGUGGACUUAAGUCUGGUGAUGGAAGGCUGGAAUUCGAAAACUGAUCGUUGGUCACCGACAGCUACCGCAAUAGAGAAGAGAGCAAGGGAGGCUAGGCAGUGGCUCAAGGCACGACCUGAGAAGCAGAUCGUUUUAGUGACGCAUGGUGGCUUUGUACAUUUCUUCACUGAGGACUGGACGGGUUAUAAGCUGUCUAUGGGCACUGGUUGGGCCAAUGUCGAACAUCGCUCCUACCAGUUCAUUGAUGAUGAGAGUGACAAUGCUUCUGUGACAGAGACGCCUCUUUCCAAGAAGCGAAGUCGUAGCCAUGAGACUCCACUGACCGAGACGGAGCAGAUAAAGCUUAAACAGAGCGCCGAAGCAAGUCUGAGGGCUGGCGAGUCACAUCUUGUGCAAGCGAAGGUAUGA